GUGUUACAUUUCACUUGGCUGACUGAUUUUGGCCUAACCUGGCAUAGGUUGAGAGUAGUUUCCUGUGAGGCUAUUAAAAAUCUUUGAUGGUAAGCAGCAGUCGGGUGGCAAAGGCUGAAUUCCCCCAGGCACGGCAAGAAGGCAGGCGCAGUCUCCCACUGCUCAGCACUGAAUGGCACUCAGUCGUGGAUUCCUACCUGCCUUGUAAUCGCUAAUCAGCAUUCGUGUCAUGCUUUUGGUUUUUUAGGAGGGGUGAGGAGGGGUUCUUUUAAAAAAGAAGUCAUGCUAUGUACUGUAUUAACGGUGUGUGACAUUCGGUGAGUCCGCUGUGAUGAUUUGCACACCCAUGGGAACGUGCUCCCAUGUUGACAGUCGGCGACUUCCAAGAGCUGGCAGUUUAAAUGGGUGUCAGGUUGGUGUCUGAAUCAAGUUUGUUUUGCUGUGCAAUGCGAGAACUUUGCACGGGAUGUAAUUGUCAGCCUUCUGUUAUAUUUCAUUCAAAAUUGAAUUACAUUUUUCAGAAGAAACGCAAAUAAAUCAUUUUAUGUCUCCGGAUACAAAGCAGAAAAACCCCCACGAGCUUCAUGUGAUCUCCACAAAAGGCAUUGGCAGAAGUGGCAAGUUUUCUGCAAAGGCUGUGCUAACUUCCAUUUGUUUUAGAUUUGCCUGCAGGACAACCGCUGCGGGUUUGGGAUAUGCACCCAUCUCAGUCCCCUCUCAAAUCCUCACCGUUAAGAAAUGCAGAUGGCCCGAAUGUACAAACAAUGCUCCAGUGUUGCCAGUUCCAGAGGAGCAUGACUUCAUAGCACGUCUCAAACGUUCAACUCUGAACAAAAUCAGAAUGUCUCAUGCCUGCCUUGAGCUCUGCUUUCUUUGCUAAGAUCGCUGUGCCCCGUUCUGUUUGGUAUCAGAGCUUUUACUGUUUCUGUUUAGAUAUGUGGACAAAGAUGUAGAUGACAGAGAAGUGUUUUCUCAUUCUGGCUUGGAAUCAAACCUCUCAAAAGCAGACCAGGACAUUUCUCUGAGGAAAUGGAUUCAUCUUCCCAAAAAUAUCCAGUCAAAAAGCGAGUGAAAAUUCACCCCAACACGGUAACAGUGAAAUAUACAUCUCAUUAUCCCCAGCCAGGAGAAGAGGGAUAUGAGGAUGGUAAUGAAGACACAGGAGUAUUUAUGGAGGACAGUCCAAAGACAAGACUACUGAAUGCUGGGAAAAAAAGAGAAAGGACCUUUUUCGGUACAAUAGAUACGCAGCUUCAGCCAGCACAACUGUCCAAACCCAGUGAGAUGGGGCAUUUCCAGAACUUUCCUGAAGGAAAUAUACUGCAGUCAAGGAAAAUGUGGAUAGUCCUUUUUGGAUCUGCCGUGGCUCACGGAUGCGUGGCUUUAAUUACACGAUUAAUUUCUGAUCGUUCCAAAGUGCCAUCACUAGAGUUAAUUUUCAUCCGUUCAGUCUUGCAAGUGCUGUCCAUUACUGCUGUGUGUUACUACCAUGAGCCACCCUUUGGCCCCAAAGGGUACAGACUCCGGCUCUUCUUCUAUGGGGUCUGCAACGUUAUCUCCAUUACGUGUGCUUAUACUUCUUUCUCUAUAGUUCCCCCUAGUAACGGGACCAUUAUGUGGAGGGCUACCACUACUGUGUUCAGUGCCAUUUUGGCUUUUUUGCUAGUAGAUGAAGGAAUGGCUUACGUAGACAUAGUUACGGUAGUUGGCAGUGUGUUUGGCGUUUGUCUGGUCAUGAUCCCCAACAUUGUUAGGGAAGAAAACUCUCUGCUGAGCACCUGGAAGGAAGCUUUUGGCUACACCAUGACUGUUAUGGCAGGCUUGACCACUGCUCUUUCCAUGAUAGUCUACAGGUCAAUCAAAGAUAACAUCAGCAUGUGGACAGCACUGUUCACCUUUAGUUGGACAGGAACGGUAUGGGGAGCAUCCACCAUGUUCUUACUUCAGGAGCCAAUCGUCCCACUGGAUGGAGAAACCUGGAGCUAUCUCCUCGCCAUCUGCCUGUGCUCCACAGCAGCCUUCCUGGGGGUCUACUAUGCCUUGAGCAAGUUCCACCCUGCUCUGGUCAGCACUGUACAGCACCUAGAGAUAGUCAUUGCCAUGGUCCUGCAGCUCAUCGUGCUGCGCAUCUUGCCAGGUACUUACGAUCUUGUUGGGGGAGCAGUUAUUUUGGUUAGUGUUUUUUUCCUUGCAUGUUAUAAACUGUCCUGGAAGAAUUUAGGAAGGCAAGAUUAUCAGGAGAUUGUAGAUUCUUCCAUUAAGUGAACUGCAGUUUUGUUGUCCAGUUCUGGAAAUGCGUUACUGUUGUGUCUGUUACGUGUGCGACCACAUGAAAGUAACUUAUUCCAACUCUGUUGUGUCUUAGUGUACUGGUCAGGUCCUCUUUCUACUGUGUAACUUCACAGCUGAUGUAGCAACGUUGAUAUUUCCAGACUUCCAUGACAGGUGAAUUUGUUCUAGCGCAUACAGUCACUGUUUGUCGUGAGAGGAACGGAUAUUUGUCUCCAGCACGGGGGGUAGUGGAGCACAGGACAAGUUGUAGGCCUUUUCUGCCUCACUUACCCUGCUAAAGUAAUACAGAGACAGAGGGAUCCACUAGCAACUGUCAUUAUUGUGCACUGUGGUAGUAGGAAAACGAGCAGCAAAAACAUUGAAAUGGUCAACCAGGGUGUCUGUAUCCUCUGUAACACUUCUUACACUUUGGCUGUAAUAUUCCAGAUGAAGUAAUGCUAAUAGUUCUGUGAUUAUCACUUGUGUUUCUGGUGUCUAUAUAAACAAAAGAAUGUAUCAGUAAAGCUUUUUGUGUUCCGUGGUUAGGCUUCUACCUGAACUGACACAGGAAGCCCAGACCUCUAGAACUGUCUUUCCCCCAUGCCCUUGAGUGGAUCUGCAGUUCUGCUACAACUCUGAAAUAGAGCUCCAGGAAAAUUCCUGAUAAUAAAAGACCAACCUCUGGAGCAGGGCAGUAUUCCUUCCCUAGAACCACCUUCUCCAAAAGAGGUUUCAACUGUGAGCAAGAGAGGGAAAAAUAAAGGUUGCAUUUGAGACUGAGGUGUGAGCAAUGGUGUUGACAAGAAACAGCCUGGUGUGCAUCUAGUGACUGUAAAGCCAUUCCCAGAACAGUCAGCCCUAAACACAUUCUCCAACCCAAACAAGUACUGCAAGCUUAGUCUCCUUUCAGUAAUUUUCUGAGUCAGCGUCCUUGGGUCCUAACAAUUCAGUUAAAAAUUAAAUGGACAAAAAGCACUGGAGUGUCGUGGUUACAGAUGGCAUUCCUGACCCUGCUAACAUCUAGGAAAGAGAAAGACCAGUGUCUUAAGAAUCUGCGUCCACAGUUGUGCUUUCUGCAAUUAAAUGCAGCCUAGUAACUGCAUUAAUCCCUACUGCACAUCUUUCCUACUCUGCCAUGACCGUCACUAAGAAAUGUAAGGUGAGGCAUCAGAAGCAUUUGCUUUUAUCUUUCUCAUCCUUCUGGGAAAUCCUUGGAACUGCUGGGAGCCAGCUGAAAAGACACAGCAGGAGGAGUCUGAGCACACACUGGGUUUGUUUUGCACCCUGUGCCCACCCAGCAAGGAGGAAGCUGUUGCUGCUUACCAGGAAUGGCUCACUUAAUAUUUAUGAUCUGGUGAACCACAGCAACAAUUGGGAUAGAUUGAAUCUGGGUCUCUGAACAGGAAGAAAAUAAAUCUUCCUUGUUGGUAAACAUAGUCUGACAAUAAAAAACACUACAAGUCCAUUGAUUCUGAAUUCCUGAAAACAGAAUAACAAAGAAGACAUAUCACAGUAUUUUUUCAGAUGGAAAACCUGAGCCAUUGCACUCUGGCCCUAGGGGCCUCAGCUCCUGAGAUCACCAGGGUAGCAGGGAGGAAUGGGUGCAAAGCCCACCUAGUAGCAGGAGGUGUCAGUAAACACAGACACUGAUGCUGUUCCAGACAUCGAGGAUAUCUGGGAAGCAACUGAAAGGCAGGUGGCAGGCAUGCUGUAUCAUGAAUUCAGCACACCCCCGACUAUCAUAGUAGCAUGAGUAAUAACCCGCCCCCAUGCCCUCAAGUUGUCUCCCUGACAAGGGGUGCAGUGUUGGGUCUUGGAUUGGCAUCUGCGUGAUGAGCCCAGUUGCUGUCUAGAGCUGAAACAAGGACUUGAGAAGGGGUGUGGCUAAGGGCAUGCUGUGGCUGACAUCUGAAAUAGGAAAGUGUUCGAAGUUGAGAGCUGUUUGGUCACUCAGAGUUGCAAUUGGUCCCAGUGGAAUAAGCCCAGAAGGAAACUAGAAGACGAGAAGUUGAAGGCUUUGUUCUUACCAUAGUUCCUAAGCAGUCCCAGGACACUUUGGCCUCUGAAAAUAUCCCAGUACGUCACUAUUGCUGCCCUGUGUGUUUCCCUGCUCAGGGGCAACACCAGCAGCAAGGAGUGAUCGGGGCUCCCCUCACUGCCCCCUCCCUGCCCACCCCCCACCGUUGCUGGUUGUGAGCCCUGCCAGCUGACAGCAGAUGGGGAGCCCUGGGGUUACGGAUGCACUGCAGCCAGGAUCAGCAGACACCUCCCUGUGCCAGCAGACUGUGCCUC